AUGAUCUCUCAGAAGAUUGCUCAACAAUCGCUGCGGCGGCUUGCCGUCCAGCAGCCCUAUGCCAUGCGCUGGUCUCUGAUGAACGCCGCUUCUCCCGCUGCUGUUGCUACGGGAAGAACCAUGCAGAAGAGAUUCGCCGUUACCACCACAAGCCCCGCCGAUGAAUCCAAGAUCCUCGCCCAGCAGCGCCUGAACCGUCCUGUUGCUCCCCACCUUUCUAUCUACCGACCUCAGAUCACCUGGAUCGGCUCCAGUCUUCACCGUAUCACCGGCGUUGCCCUGUCCGGCUCUCUGUACCUCUUCGCAACCGCAUACUUGGCUGCUCCCCUGUUCGGCUGGCACCUGGAAUCAGCUUCCCUUGUUGCCGCCUUUGGAGCUCUUCCCCUCGCCGCCAAGGUUCUGCUCAAGAGCACCGCUGCCUUCCCCUUCGUCUAUCACUGCCUGAACGGUGUGCGUCACUUGGUUUGGGAUCUUGGUCGGGGAAUGACCAACCAGCAGGUCAUCAAGUCUGGCUGGACCGUGGUGGGCUUGACCGCUGUUAGCGUGCUCACUCUUGCUUUUCUGUGA